AUGGAGCUCAUGGCAUAUUAUCUCGGUAUCAAAGUAAAGCAAGAAGACAAACGAAUUUUUAUCAUCCAAGAAGGCUAUGUCAAAGAAGUCCUUAAGAAGUUCAAGAUGGAUGAUGUCAAUCCAGUUGGUACCCUGAUGGAAUGUGGCAUCAAGUUGAGUAAGCUUGAAAAUAGAGAGAUUGUGGAUCCAACUCUUUACAAAAGGUUGGUUGGAAGUCUAAGUUACUUGACAAGUACAAGGUUGGAUAUUCUCUAUGUUGUAGGAAUAUUGAUUUGUAGCAUGGAAGCUCCAACAACAACUCACUUCAAGGCGGCAAAGAAAACCAUUUGA